AUGAAACUAUUAUCUGAAGGACAACUAAGGCUUUGUGUUGUUCAACCAAUACAUCUCACAUCAUGGCUGCUCAUGCUUUUCAUUCUGAAGUCAAUCUCUUCUCUAAAACCUGCACGACUCCCAAUCUACCAAAGGAAACCUUUUAUUGCAGCUUGGAAUGCUCCAACGGAUCAAUGUUUGAUGAAAUACAAUUUAAAACUAAAUUUGAAAAUGUUUCAGGUGAUUGGAAGCCCUUUGGCCAAGGCCAGGGGGCAGAAUGUCACUAUAUUUUAUGUCAACAGAUUGGGAUACUAUCCUUGGUAUACAUCAGAAGGGGUCCCCAUUAAUGGAGGCCUCCCUCAGAACAUAAGUUUGCAAGUCCAUCUGGAAAAAGCUGAUCAGGACAUCAAUUAUUACAUCCCUGCCAAGGACUUCAGUGGACUUGCUGUUAUAGACUGGGAAUACUGGCGACCACAGUGGGCCCGGAACUGGAACACAAAAGAUGUCUACAGACAGAAGUCAAGAAAGCUUAUUUCUGAUACGCAAGCAAAUGUAUCAGUUACUGACAUCGAAUAUUUAGCCAAGGCAACCUUUGAAGAAAGUGCAAAAGCUUUCAUGAAGGAAACCAUCAAGUUGGGAAUUAAGAGCCGACCCAAGGGCCUUUGGGGUUAUUAUUUAUACCCUGAUUGCCAUAAUUAUAAUAUUUAUGCCCCAAACUAUACUGGGUCAUGCCCAGAAGAGGAAGUUUUGAGGAACAAUGAGCUCUUGUGGCUCUGGAAUAGCAGUGCUGCUUUAUAUCCGUCCAUCGGCGUCAGGAAAUCCCUUGGAGACAGUGAAAACAUUUUGCGCUUUUCACAGUUUCGCGUGCACGAAUCCUUGAGGGUCUCCACCAUGACAUCUCACAAUUGCUCUCUGCCUGUAUUUGUCUACACAAGGCUAGGAUAUAGAGACGAACCUUUAUUUUUUCUUUCUAAGCAAGACCUAAUCAGUACCAUAGGAGAAAGUGCUGCAUUGGGAGCUGCAGGCAUUGUUAUCUGGGGAGACAUGAAUUUGACUUCAUCUAAGGGCAACUGUACAAAGGUGAAGCAGUUUGUGAGCUCUGAUUUAGGGAGCUACAUUGUCAACGUGACCAGAGCCGCUGAGGUGUGCAGCCUUCACCUCUGCAGGAAUAAUGGGAGGUGCAUAAGGAAGAUGUGGAGAGCACCUGAUUAUCUCCACCUGAAUCCUGCAAGUUUCCACAUCGAGGCCUCUGAGGACGGAGAAUUCAUUGUGAAAGGCAAAGUAUCUGAUACAGACCUGGCAGUGAUGGCUGAGAAGUUUUCCUGUCAUUGUUAUCAGGGAUACGAAGGGGCUGAUUGCAGAGAAAUGAAGACAGCAGAUGGCUGCUCUGGGGUUUCCUCUUUCUCUGGCUCACUAAUAACGCUGCACUUUCUGGUUUUAGCAGGUUAUCAGAGCAUUCAGUUGUGA